UUUCCAUAAUAGUUUAUUUGCUUGCAAUCUCAACAUGAGUUGUUUGACAAAAAAAAAAAGAAAAAAAUCAAAACAAAAACGCCCUCAAGAAAAGGGUAACACUUGCUUCUUUUUUCUUCUUUUUUUUUAUCCUUUUUGUUUGGCAUGAAGUCCUUCAAACCAAACAAAUCUCAUUCCAACCCGAACUUUCGAUGUUCUGCCAAAGUAGUUGAAAAACUUACCAGAAGUCCAAGUAAACAUAUGAAAAGACGAACUGCAGGUUUCGCGCUUUCUCCCUUGGCUGGUUUAUCGCCUCGUAGGACAGAUCGAUUGGCACAACCUGCAAAGAGUUCGGCCAUGAUUCGAAAAAAAGCAGAUGGAUUUUGUGAGAUUAUUGAGACAAAAAGGGCAUGGGGAUACCUUGUUCAGGGCCGAGGACAUGUCUUUACACUCGAUAAGGGAUUACACAACAGACAAGAGUCCGAGGCUGCUGGCUAUGUCAUUGGUACUGGUAAUGACUGUGACAUUGUUAUUCAUCAUGUUAAUGCUGAAAAAAGACACGCUUUUAUUUUCUUUGAAACACGGUUUGAUCAUGACAAACAUUCUACACCAGUGUUUAUUUGCAAUCACAGUACGAAUGGAACUUGGAUCAAUGGAGAAAAAGUCAAAGGAUUUCGAGAAUUGGAGACAAACGAUAUUAUUCAAUUUCUUGAUCCUAGUCGAUAUCCUUUAGAGGAAAAUCCUUGUUACAUCUUUGUGGAAUCCACCAUGAAUGAUAUCCGAGCCAAAUCAAUUGAUAGUUUCUAUAAUCUCAAAAGUAAUAUUAUUGGAAAAGGAAAUUAUGGCAAUGUAGUUAUUGCAGAGUGUAAAGAGACUGGUAAGACAGUAGCGAUUAAAAUGAUACCCAGAAAAGCAUUUGCCAAAAGAGAAGUUUGGAAGACCGCAACCCUUCGAGAAAUCAGUGUCUGUAUGCUUUUUCCAAUUCAUCCUUGUAUUAUUCAAGUCAGUCGUAUGUUUGAACAAGAUCAACAAAUGUAUAUUGUGAUGGAAUAUGGUCCUCAUGGUGACUUAUUUGAUAUUGUGGCAUGUCGAGACGAAAUUUUCAAGGAAUAUGAAGUCCGUAUCAUCUUUGAUCAAAUUGCACAUGCUGUUGCGUGUCUUCAUGAAAACGAUAUUGUACACCGUGAUAUCAAGCUUGAAAAUGUCAUUGUGACCGACAAAAAAAACUUGUAUGUCAAACUAUGCGACUUUGGUUUCUCGACCUUCAUCAAUCAGAAACAAGCACUUACGACAAGUUGUGGCACUGCCAUGUAUGUUGCUCCUGAAAUUGUAAGUGCAAGGCCUUAUGGUAAAGCAGUGGAUGUUUGGAGUCUAGGUGUCUUGUUGUUUAUUACUUUGACUUCUACAAGUCCGUUUCCCCAAUUAUCAGACGAUCAAACAAAAUGGGAAAAAGAAAAAGCCAUUCUUGACAAAAGCAUUAAAGAAGGCAAGUUCACAUUUAGUCAUCCUUCUUGGGAAUAUAUCAGUGCAGAAGCAAAAGAUUUGAUUCAACAAAUGAUGAAGGUCAAUGUAGAAGAACGUAUCAAUAUUGAACAGGUCCUUCAACACCCAUGGCUUCAGCAAAUCGAAAAUGCAGAAACAUUCAAGACAGGAUUAAAGCGUAAUCCUAUGCUUGUUAAAUACCUCGAGAGAAAAUAAUUCAUCUUGUUCAUACCACUAAUCAAUCCCCCCUCCUUUCCCUCUUUUUUAUUUAUUUAUAUAUCUCUGUCUUUGCCCCUUCUUCAUUCUCUCUCUUUUCUCUUUCUAUAAAAGACCAACUAGACAGACAUGAAGUGUAUUCUGGUAAUAAUCAAAUAAAGAACAAAACUUGAAAAUAAGAC